AUGACUUAUCUUAUUCUUCUUCUUCCCUUACUAGCUCUUGUCUCAGCAGAAAGAUGUCCCCCGGUUUUCGGUGACUAUGAAUGUCCCACCGGAUUCACAUGUGAAGAAAAACAAUGUAUUGGUAGAAAUAAGUCUCCAUCGACUUCCUGUACCUUUGAUGUCGAGUGUCGUGAAGGAUUCGUUUGUUCUGAGGGAAAGUGCUACCCAAUCACCUCUGUCAAAUGUAAUCGUCACGUUUUGAUAGCCGAAGGUUCGGCUAGAAGUGUUGUAUCGGAUUGUGGAAGGCGUGGAAAGUGUGCGAACGGACAAUGUGUUCUAGAUAGAUGCCAAGGUGUUUCAUGUGACGAAGGGGCACUUUGUAGAGAUGGCAAGUGCGAGAAGGUACUCGAUUCUUUCUGCAUUGGACACGCAGAUUGUGGACCGAAUAUGUUGUGUCAGCAGAAUAAGUGCCAGUUGAAACCACAAGAAGCGCUAUGUAACUGUCAACCACAUGAGAUUUGUCAUCAUGGGCAAUGCUACCCAAAUACACAAUGCACAUCAAUCUACUGCGAGCCAGGUACCUAUUGUGUAGAAGGACAAUGUUUGAGUGCCGUCGGCAAAACGUGCCAAGACGAUACUUGCCAUGGUGGUACCGUAUGCGUAAACGGUGUGUGCGUUGCGAAUCCGUGCCCCGGAAGAUGUCCACAUGAUCAGGAUUGUCGACUCGGAGAGUGUAGAUAA